UGCGCGGUGGUGGCGGCUGCUACAAGCACGCGUUCUCAUCGUGUUGAUGCGUGUGUUGUUACAGUCGAUGCUGCGCGGUGGUGGCGGCUGCUACAAGCACGCGUUCUCAUCGUGUUGGUGCGUGUGUUGUUACAGUCGAUGCUGCGCGGUGGUGGCGGCUGCUACAAGCACGCGUUCUCAUCGUGUUGGUGCAUGUGUUGUUACAGUCGAUGCUGCGCGGUGGCGGCGGCUGCUACAAGCACGCGUUCUCAUCGUGUUGGUGCGUGUGUUGUUACAGUCGAUGCUGCGCGGUCGCGGCGGCUGCUACAAGCACGCGUUCUCAUCGUGUUGAUGCGUGUGUUGUUACAGUCGAUGCUGCGCGGUGGUGGCGGCUGCUACAAGCACGCGUUCUACGGCAUUGAGAGCCAUCGCUGCAUGGAGGCGACUCCUAGCCUUGCUUGCGCCAACAAGUGCGUCUUCUGCUGGAGACAUCAUACGAACCCAGUUGGGACAGAGUGGCGCUGGCUGAUGGACGAACCAGAAUUCAUCCUACAGGGGGCGCUGGACAACCACUGCAAGAUGAUUAAAGAGUUUAGAGGCGUUCCCGGCGUUUUGCCCGGACGGCUAAUAGAGGGAGCCACCCCGCAGCACUGCGCGCUCUCGCUCGUCGGAGAACCGAUAAUGUAUCCGCGCAUCCGGAAGUUUGUGCAGCUGCUGCACUCGCGACACAUCUCCACGUUUCUCGUUACCAACGCUCAAUUCCCUGAUGCGAUCAGGAGCAUAGAUCCCGUUACACAGCUGUAUGUCAGUGUCGACGCUAGCUCGAAGGAGACGUUGAAGAAGGUCGAUCGUCCGCUGUUCCGCGACUUCUGGCAACGCUUCCUCGACAGUCUGCAGGCCCUCGCCGACAAGCGGCAAAGAACGGUGUUCAGGCUGACGAUCGUCAAGUCUUGGAAUGCGGAUGAGAUCCAAGGCUAUGCCGACCUCGUCGAAAUUGGAAAACCCGAAUUCAUCGAAAUAAAGGCAACCCGCUCACGUGUGACUGCGCGCUGAGCUGGGUUGUUGAGGAGGCGUGGCUGGAGCAGGAGACGGAGCUGGGCACGUGCGCGGCGCCGUAUCGUCUGCGCG